CUGCAUGUUUAUGUACGUCACUUCCUGCGCGGCAGAUACUAAACCAGCUAGCAGAAAGCAGCUUAUGAUGUUUUGACAUGCAUACUUCGGACAAACUUUACAGCAUUUGCCGUCUUUAGCUCGCGCCGUUAGUCACAUGCUCUCCCACGUGUUAAUGUUCACGUGACGUAUAUCUAAAACAGCUGUCGAUAUACUUAUGUUGCUACGUUUCCCUGUUUCCGUCUACGCUAGCAACGUUAGCUGGUAGCAAGGUUAGCAGGGAGGCUGCAGUGAAAGUUUGUAAACAUUUAAGGUAACGGUCUAGAUUGUUGUGGUAGGGCAGAUGGGUCUACAUGGAACACGUGUUUGUAGGUAACUAGGUGUUUUGGCUGGAUCAGAGUGUGACUGUGACGUGAAUCAUCUGGACUUGUGAAUGACGAGUUAGCGUUAGUUGCUGCAAAGUUGAUCAUCAUGUCUAAUCAGCUGACUGCAGAGCAGCAGAGAAAGAUUGAAGAAAACAGACGAAAGGCUUUGGAGAGAAGAGCCCAAAGACUUGGACAGACUAUUAGCAACAAUAAUCAGACCUCAGUAAGCUUCAGUGGUACAUCAGUGCAGGAGCAGCCCUCCUCUAAACAGACCUUUGCCUCAGAUCCUGCUAACCGGACUCAUCACAGAGAGACACCGAGCUCCGCUCCUGCACCAAAACGGUUCGUUCCGCCCUUCAAAAAAGACUCACCAGCCUUCAAUAAUUACAAUCAAGGUCAAAAGAAUCAGCAGUUAUCUAGCAAUAGCAACCAAAUCAACCAGAGCUCUUCUUCUUCAAGACAGAUACAAGUCAUUGAUCCUCUUCCUCAGGCAAGAACUCACCAUGUGAGCAGCCCUGUCUUGUCUAGUGGAGGAAGCUUUGGUGUGAAGCCAGCUCAACCCAAACCUAACCCCACCUCCAGCAGCUCUGGUGGUGCUAUUGGCUCAUUCUACAACAAAACUAGUAAACCUGCCCAAAGUCCUGUGGCGCAGCUUCCCUCCAACUCAUCAACUUCGAAUGCUGUACCUGCAAAAAAGCCUGCCAUCUCUGUAAGAGGAAAAUGUGUAUCUCACUCAGAGGACCGAUUCAGAGUAGAAGUGGGCUACCACGCAGAGCUGAUUGCUGUUUUCAAAUCUAUCCCCUCAAAAAACUAUGAUCCUACUACUAAGAUGUGGAACUUCAGUCUGGAGGACUAUCGACAGCUAAUGGAGCAAGCAGCUACUAUUGCCUCUGUGUCUCUGAGGCCUCUGGAGGGGAUGGAGGCAGUGGACGUUGCAACAGCCACCAGCGCAGCUCGGGAUGGUUUAGCUCUGGGGGCGCUGCUGAAGCUGUGUAACGGCUGGCAGAAACCUGGAGCCGCUCUGCGGGGCCAGUGCAUCCUGGUGUCUCCGACAAAGUUCGAGGUUGACGUCGGUUACCAUGUCGAUGUCAUAGCAGCAUUCAAGCAGAUGCCAACAAAGAACUAUGACAUGAAAGCAAGAAAGUGGAGUUUUUCACUUGAGGAUUACAAGAGACUCUUGGAUCUCCUCAGUGGGAUAGCAGCAGUGGAGGUGGAGCCUCUGCCCAGGGCAAUAGUCCAAGCUUUCUCUGCCAGGUUUGACGGGAGUGAAGCCAGGUCUUUAGACGUCCCCGAUGCAGACCUCUCCAGCAUCGAUCCCUCGCUCACCUGCAGCCUCAUGCCCUUCCAGAGGGAGGGAGUCAAUUUUGCAGUGUCUAAACAAGGCCGCCUCCUCCUGGCUGAUGACAUGGGCCUGGGAAAGACUGUGCAGGCCAUCUGUAUAGCAGCCUACUACAGGAAUGAGUGGCCCUUGCUGGUGGUGGCUCCCUCCUCUGUGAGAUUCACCUGGGCAGAGGCCUUCAGGCGCUGGCUGCCCUCCCUGAGUCACGACAGCAUCAAUGUGGUGGUGAAGGCCAAAGACAAUCUGCGGUCAGGUUUGGUCAACAUCAUCAGCUACGACCUGCUGAGCAGGACGGACAAGCAGUCAGGAAAACCUUUCAAUGUUCUUAUCAUGGACGAGUCUCACUUUUUGAAGAACAUGAAGACUGCCCGUUGUAAAGCAGCUUUGCCUCUUCUGAAGGCAGCGAAGAGAGUGGUUCUUCUGUCUGGGACCCCUGCCAUGUCCAGACCCUCUGAGCUCUACACCCAGAUCCUGGCUGUCAGACCUUCACUCUUCCCUCGCUUCCAUGAGUUUGGGCUUCGCUACUGCGGUGCCACACAGGCGACGUGGGGGUGGGACUACUCCGGCUCGUCUAACCUCGGGGAGUUGAGGCUGUUGCUGGAGGAGUGUCUGAUGUUGCGCCGCCUCAAGCGGGACGUCCUCUCCCAGCUCCCUGCUAAACAACGCAAGGUCGUCACGGUGACCAUCGACGGUGUCAACGCCCGCAUCAAAGCUGCUCUGUCAGCUGCUGCCAAGGAGCUGGCCAGUGGACACCGCAAUAAAAUGGAAGAGAAGGAAGCCCUCCUCGUCUUUUAUAACCACACAGCUGAAGCCAAACUCCAAGCCAUUAUGGAGUACAUCACAGACAUGCUGGAGUGUGGGCGGGAGAAGUUUCUAGUGUUCGCCCAUCAUAAGUUGAUCCUGGAUCACAUCACCACCGAACUGGGAAAAAAGAAUGUCAGUUACAUCCGUAUUGACGGGUCGACUUCUUCAGCUGAUCGGCAGCAGCUGUGUGAGAGGUUCCAGUUCUCCACUAAGACGUGUGUGGCGUGUCUCUCCAUCACGGCAGCCAACAUGGGUCUCACCCUGCACGCCGCUGACCUGGUGGUCUUCGCCGAGCUUUUCUGGAACCCCGGGGUUCUUCUUCAGGCCGAGGAUAGGGUGCACCGUAUUGGACAAACAAGCAAUGUGAACAUUCACUACCUGGUUGCCAAGGGAACUGCUGAUGAUCACCUGUGGCCAAUGAUCCAGGAGAAAAUGAAUGUUUUGGAGCAAGUAGGUUUGUCUGAGUCAAACCUGUCUGACAAAGCAGUGAAUGCCAGCUUCCACUCCAAGGACCCCAAGCAGAGGAGCAUCAUGGAGAUGUUCCAGCGAUCGUUCUCUGCUGGUGACGACAUGGACGAAGACCUUCUACUGGAGGCUGCCAGCGAAUGGGAGGACUCUCCACCUGCCAGCAGCUCUGCUCAACACAACAGCACGCUCAGACCAAACCAGAGCAAAGGGAGCAUCAAAGACUGUUUCAGCAGGUGACUCACUCGGAUUCUCUCUGUGCUGACAAAUUCUAUCGACAUCGCUCCGUUUUGCUCAUUGGAUCAAGUCCCAGUUCCUCGUUUUUAACCUCAUCAUGGCUGAUGUGAGCUUAUUUUGUUGCAUAGACGGUAACAAAUGCUUCAGUGAAUAAAUUUAAAUAUUAACUUACAAAACUACAUAUUUUUUUGCUAAUAAGGAAAAUAAAUAAAUGUUUGAACCAAGGUCUUUUUUUUUUUUUUAAGAAUCCUUCUGAAACAACCUUAAGCCUUGCUCUGAAAUCUCAGCUUAUCCUUUAAACUACAGCGGCUUGCAAAAGUCUUCAUCCCCCUUGGAUGUUUCACACUUUUGUUGUUUUUACAUAUGAAAUCAUGGUCAAUAUAAUUUGGCAGUUUUAAAAAUAAUUUGAAAAAAAUCCCUCUUUAAUAUCAAAGUGAAAACAGAUUUUUACAAAAUAGUA